CUAGCUGAGAUUUUCACUUUCCCACUCGGUCAUGUCUGAAGGCUUUCCCGACCUGUUCACAACGCGAGCCGUUCAAGAGUACGAGUACUCUGGAUACCGAUUCUAAUUGCUAUUCGACGAAGCGUUCAUGACAUGAUCGCCGGCUCUACCCCACAAYAGAAAGGAAAAGAAAACAAAGAUAGAAAUAACCACAGACCCAGAACCGCUAAGACAAGGYAACCGCACGAAGAAGCAACAACAAGGAAUAAAACAAAUACAAUAUCCAAAACAACAACACACAAACCAUGAUUCAAUCCAUGUUCAUACUUUCAUCGACGGGCGAAGUCUUGAUCGAGCGACAUUUCCGGGACGCCCCUGUUUCUCGCUCGGUUUGCGAUUACUUCUGGGACAAGGCAUCCAAAGGGGUAAACCACCACGGAGGUCUUUCCACCACAACUUCACUCCUCACGAACGAAGAACAGCAAUUGUUGUUGCCUCUCGACGUGCUUCCCGUUAUGGAAGUACCYGAGACGAACCACGGAACCUUGUACAUCAUCAGCAUCCUGCGAGACGGUCUGUCGUAUCUGGCGGUCGUCCCGGGCGAAGUCAGCCCGCUCAUGAUUAUCGAAUUUCUGCACCGGGUUGCCGAUAUUUUCGUCGACUAUUUUGGGGAUCCGGCGGACGAGUCGGCCGUGAAGGAAAACUUCUCAACCGUCUAUCAGCUUUUGGAAGAAAUGGUGGACUAUGGCUGGCCACUGACCACCGAACCGAACGCGCUCAAGGCCAUGAUCCGGCCACCGUCGAUCAUGUCGAAGAUUUCUUCGGCGGUCUUUGCGAACACGAGUGUUUCGGACGCGCUUCCCAGUGGAACCAUAAGCAACAUGCCAUGGAGGGCGGCGGGCGUGACCUAUACGCAAAACGAAAUAUACAUGGACAUUGUGGAGGAGAUCGAUGCCAUCAUCGAUGCCGCGUCGGGAAAUAUUGUCCAGUCGGACGUUUCCGGAAAGAUCARGUGCCAGUGCCAACUCAGCGGGAUUCCAGAUCUCCUGCUCACAUUUACGGACCCAAAAUUGAUCGACGAUUGCUCGUUCCACCCGUGUGUGCGAUACGGACGCUACGAACGAGACAAUGUAGUGAGCUUUGUCCCCCCAGAUGGGAAUUUUGAAUUGAUGAAGUACUCGAUUAGCGCCGAUCGAAAGUCAAACUUUUCCCCGCCCCUGGAAUGCCAUUCACAAUGGAAUAUAUUCAAGCCACCGAAGAACAGCAAUAGUGGAAGCARYAGUGUCGAGAUCGAAUACUCUGCACGACUUAUGGUGACCRUAAGGGUACGAUCUCUCUCCUCCCUSAUYACAAGCGCGUCGCGGAACAACAAAGUAAGAAUGAUGGUCGAGGACGUCGCUGUCACCAUUCCAUUYCCCAAACAACUCCGAACGGCGUCUUUCCAGGUUUCGACUGGAUCGGUUGUGUACGACGAAGCAGGAAAGGUUGCAAAAUGGAAGCUCGGGAAGCUGGCGGACGACCCCACCCAACCGCGGGUGCAACUCGUUGCGACGCUCAAGAUGAAUCCUCCCAAAAAGCAUCGGAAAGACCACGGCGACAGCGAAGACGAGGAUGAAAAAGAAAUUAUUCGRUCACCCAAUUUGUCCUUGCACUGGAAGAUUCCUCUGACCUCUGUGAGUGGUUUGACGGUAAGCGGUUUGAGCAUUACCGGCGAGUCGUACCAACCCUACAAGGGAGUCCGGAAUGUCACCAAGAGUGGCUUGUACCAAGUACGAUAUAGUUAAGUAAUAAUAUUAAGCUGGYAAC